AUGAAUUUAAAUAUAAAAGAAACAUCUGUUCAAGAUGCAUUAAAAAAUUUAAAACUCGAUACUGAUAUCCAAGCGAUUAAAGAUGCAAUUAUUAAAAUUGAUAAUGAAGAAAUUAAAAAUCUUAUUAAUUCUAAAACAGAUGAAAUUUUACAAAAAUUUAGUGAUGUUCAGGUACCUGUUCCAAUUGAUGCUGCUGAUGCUGAAAAGAGUUUACGAAGACUUAUUGCUAAUAAGAAAAUUCAAAUCCCUAAAAAGAAGGAUUAA